UUCGAAGGAAGGCAGCGAUGUAGCGGCACAACGCAACGAACGAAACUACCCUUCUGUCAGUCCAAAAGUCACCGCGUAAGCUUGCGGGUGGAACUCAACGUGUAAAUCGUGGUACGGUGUCACCAUCGCCGCUGUCAUCGCAUCAUUUGAUCCACUUUCGAGGGUGACACGCAUUCGAGAGGAGUACUAGAAACGAGAGAGAAAGAGAAAGACAGAAAGAAAAAAAGAAAGAGAGGUGAAGCUUCGACACGGCUGACUUUUCUCACAGAUCUCUGUCUGCUCUCGGUGGUGACGACAAUUUGCCUAUGCUGAGAUGACAAUGAAACGCUGAAAAAUGUUUGUCGUAAAAAUGGAUGAAGAGAGCCCUGCGUAAAAAUGAAUACUUGUAAAAGUUGAAGAAACAGACUUACACAACGAAUAGCAAAAGCCUGCCUCGUCCAUUGCAACCAGUUACAUAUCUCACGUUAAGAUGACAUAGAAUGGGUUGGGUGGCGUUAGGGCGGUGUGCGGGUGGUGGCGGCCGCCUCUCGUCCAUCCUCUCGCUGUCUCUCACCUCUUUCGCGAGUUCCUUCAUCUUCACCUCCCUUUGUAUCCUCACACUUGCCUUUACUCUCGUCACUCUCGCUCGUGCCGAAGACAUUUUCGAGGAGGGAAAAUCGGACAAGGAGAUUCUGGACGACCUACUGCAGUCGACCCGUUACGACAAGCGGCUUUUGCCGCCGGUCCAAGAUGCUGAUUUCUGCUGCGGAAUGAGAUGGCCUGGUGACACUACCGGCUUGACAAACCAGUCGUCGAUCUCUAACGACUCCAAGAACCAGAACAAGAACCAGAACAAUAACCACAACACGUCGCACCAAUACCUUCGCACUCACCUUCGCGGAACAUUGACUGUAAAUGUGAGCGUAUUGCUGUUAAGCUUAGCUUCUCCCGACGAGUCCAGCCUGAAAUACGAAGUGGAAUUUUUACUGCAACAACAGUGGUACGAUCCACGAUUGCGUUACAGCAACAGAUCCAAAUAUGAGUUUUUAAAUGCAAUUCAUCAUUGCGAUAAUAUCUGGUUGCCAGAUACGUACUUCAUAAUGCAUGGAGAUUUCAAGGAUCCUCUCAUUCCUGUUCACUUCGCCCUACGGAUAUACCGCAAUGGCACCGUCAAUUAUCUUAUGCGGCGCCAUCUUAUCCUAUCCUGCCAGGGUAGACUUAAUAUCUUCCCUUUUGACGACCCAUUGUGUUCAUUCGCAAUCGAGAGCAUAUCGUAUGAGCAGACAGCAAUUACGUAUGUGUGGAAAAAUGAUGAGGGUACAUUAAGAAAAAGCCCAAGCCUGACGUCGCUGAAUGCGUAUCUCAUUAAGAAUCAGACAAUCACAUGUCCGAUCAAAGUGAGUUGGCGAGCUGACGGACAGUUCAUGGUUGACGAGGACGAGUUCGAUGAUUUUGGAGACUCUAAGUGCUCGCUGUGCCAGCGCAGAUUUGAGGAGCAAGGUAAUUACAGCUGCUUGAAGGUGGAUCUGAUUUUCACGCGAGAUCGUUCCUUCUAUUUCACUACGGUUUUCAUCCCGGGCAUUAUUCUAGUAACCAGCUCUUUCAUCACAUUUUGGCUCGAAUGGAAUGCCGUACCGGCGCGAGUGAUGAUUGGUGUAACAACAAUGCUCAACUUUUUCACCACGUCGAAUGGCUUCCGGGGAACGUUGCCUGUCGUUUCGAACUUGACUGCCAUGAACGUGUGGGACGGCGUGUGCAUGUGCUUCAUCUAUGCGAGUCUUCUCGAGUUUGUCUGCGUGAAUUAUGUCGGUCGCAAACGGCCGAUGCACAACGUUGUCUAUCGUCCGGGCGAAAAUCCCGUCACCCAGCGACUUCCAGCGGUACUCAGCAGGAUAGGAAUUAUAUUGGCCAGCCCCUUGAAGCGAGAGGGCGGAACUACUACCGGUAAUACUACUGGACCGAACGAGAUCGUCACUUGCACCAACUGCGGACCUAAUCCCUGUACGCAUACAGCUACGAAUGGUUGCACCGCUGAGCUAAGAAAAAAGGAUCCGCCGCAUCCAAUAAGAGUGGCAAAAACGAUCGACGUAAUAGCCAGGAUUACUUUCCCAGUCGCCUAUUUCAUGUUCCUCACUUUCUUCUUCAUUCACUAUAGGCACCUCGUAGACUAACGCACAACUCCGAGAGAUCUCCCAUCACUAGUACGAGCAACAACAAAGCUUUUCAAUAAGUGACUACGUUCAUACCAUAUAGAAGUCUACGAUACUCGAUCGUCUCUCAAGAUUAAAAAUAUAUCCAACAAAACCAAAGCAUUCAUGUAACAAUCAUACAAUUGUCUCAGCUUUUUUAUAAAGACAAGAAAGCGACAUAUGACACGCAUAAGUAAAUAAAAAAAUUCUGGCGCUAAGUUAUAAAUAUCAUCUGAUUAUAAUAAACAAGAAAAAAACCAAAUCAAAUAGAUUAACUGUAAUAGAAACGGCGGGCAAGGUUGAAAAACAAGAGAACCUUUUUCCUAAAAAAAAAAAGAA